AUGGCGAAUAAUAGAAAAAAAAGUGAUGAUCACGGUCGAACGCCUUUAACGACUGUAUCUGGUCACAAUAAUAAAGAUAAUUUACCAUUACAUCAAACAUGUGAUAUAAAUCAAUUUAGAAAGGAACAUCCAUUUUUAUCAAAACUUCUACGUGAAGAUGGUAUCUUAUUUGAAUGUGAUAGUCAAGCACCUUCACCAUCAAAAGAUUAUGGUCAGUUACAAGUUACAAUGGAUAAGGUAAUUCUUCGAUGGUGGAAAAUAACACUUCGACAUCUUGAAGAUGCAAUGUACCCAGGUGAAAUAAAAGAUUCAUAUGAAGAUUUCUAUCAUGAUGAAGUUGCUCAACGUGAAAUAUGGCGUAUAUUUGGUCAGGCAACACUUGAUUAUUGUUUAAAUCUUGUUCGUGGUAAAUUCGAUUGGUUAGCACUACUUCCACUGAAUGUUCAAUUACAUAUACUUUCAAAAGUAAAUCUUGAUGAUAUUCCACAGCUAUCAUCAGUAUCAAAAUCAUUUCGUGAACUUUGUCGUAAUAAUGAUCUUUGGAGAAUAUUUUAUGUACGCCAAUAUGGUGGACAUGCAUUAGAAAAUAAAGAUUUAAUUCAUUUAGCUGAAAGACGUGGUUGGCGUCAUGUAUUUUUUACGAAUCGUUUGAAAUUACAAAUGCAAUUACGUCGUGAAGCUCAACUUGAACGGCAUCAUCCAGAAGAUCCAUCAGAUUUUGUAAAAGCACGAGAACGCCGUUCUUUAAUGCAACCAAGUCCACCAGGUACACCAAAACAACAACAACAAAGACAACAAUUUGUUCAACCUUCAAUUCGUCGUCAUUCAUUUGCAACACGUCAGGAACCACCACAAUUAUCAUUUCGUACAUUGCGUUUACAUGAUCAGGAAGAAUCUCAUCGCAUGAAUGGCACAUAUAGUAAUGAAUUGGAUGAACAAUCCAUCAUACAGCGAUCAAUAUCGCCUUCCUUAUCGGUAAAAUCGAAUGCUGGUAGUGUAGCAUCGACAUCAUCAGCUUAUCCACCUGUACAUACAUCAUAUAGACCAAGUACACGUCAAUAA